GACACAAAGAGUCUUCAAGUUUUAACCUAAGACUAAGAGGCAAAGUAAGGGAAGUGUGGCUUUCUUCAACCUCGUACUUACCUUAUCGCUACCCAUUUCACCUUUCUUUUUCGUUCAAAUUUUCUGAUACAAUCAACUACACGGAAACACAGUCCAUGAUGACGCCCGGCUGUUUAUCCCUCACAAACCCUAACCCUAAUUUUCUCGGACUUCCAUUGAAGAACAUCCGUUCUUCUCCUUUAAUGGCGUCCGUUUCAUUUUCUCCAUUUUCUCUACGGCCAGAAACGAUUCACCGACAACAAAGAACGUUGCUUUUCACUAAUAUGGCUUCGUUAUCGCUCAAAAGACUCGGUGGAAUCACUUCUCAAUGGCGCAAUUCGAAGAAGAUGAACCUUUCUACUGUAACGUUUGCUGCUUCUCACGAAGAAUCUUCGGCUGAAGGAGAAGUUGACAUGGAGGAGAAUGAUCUUAAAAAUGCUGGUAAAGUGUCUCAGGAAGCAUGGGAGCAAGCACUAGGAUCUUUCAAAGAGCAAGCCUUAAAGUUACAAAGUGUUUCACAAGAAGCUUAUGAAGUAUAUAUGAAGAAUGCAGUUAUUGCACUGAAGGAAACUGCUGAACGAUUGAAGAUCCAGGCUGAUCAGGCAGGGAGAGAUUUAAGUGUAGUGGCAAAAGAGCUGAGUGAAGAGGGUAGAGAAUACCUCACUAUAGCAGCAGAGAAUUCCCCUGAACCGGUAAAGGAUGUAAUGGAGACCUUUGCUUCUGCUCGUGAUCUAGAUGAUGUAUCUAAAGUCCGUGAUUUUUACAUUGGGAUACCAUAUGGAACAAUUCUUUCGGCUGGUGGUUUCCUUAACUUUAUGUUCACAGGAAGCAUUUCUUCUGUUAGGUUUGGUGUGAUCCUUGGGGGUACUCUUUUGGCAUUGAGCAUAUCAAGUCUAAGAUCAUGGAGAAAAGGACAGUCCACUGACCCCAUUUUGAAAGGACAGGCAGCAAUAACAAGUAUUUUAUUUUUGAGGGACGCGCGCCUGGUGUUUGAAGGAUCAACUUUGGCUGGACUAUUCAAAAUGAUCAUCAGUGGGGCAGUUGCAGCAUUCUACAUAUAUAGGAUUUUCUACGACAAGCUCCAGAGGCAACCAGAUGCGAAGGGUGAGGCAACCAGCUGAGGCAGCCUUCUUCUGUUUGAAAUAAUGAAACGAUAUGAAUUGGCAUACUAAGGUGCAUCCUGAGCUCAAAUGAGAACACUCCUAUCCAGAAAUUGUGUGCAAGAUUGAAAGCGUUGCUAUAUAUGCAAUUUCAUGCUUUUUAGAAUUAGUUCAAUUGACCUUUAUCUGUAUCGUAAUCUAGGGUGGUCCAAAAUUCAAUAAAUGCAGGUUUAUUAGCAUGCACUAGUGUCUAGUAAUAAGUUUGUCUCUGCCGCCCCUUGUUAGGAGUUGGGACAUAUAGAUGCUGCCCUUCACUCACUCUUCAGGACGAUGUACAACAUCAGCAAUAUUGAAAAUUUAGGUUUUAGUGAAUUAAACGUUCCCGAUGAUGACUUGUAGAGUGUAAUCCCUGUUUUGUUUCUUUAUUUAUUUUUUAUAAACGCAUGAAUUUCACACAUAAUGUAUUCAAUAUUGACAGAAUUUCUUCGUGCUGGAAGGGAAUACAUAUUUUGGAACCA